AAUGCGUUUUGAAGGCAAACACAAGUUCUUCAAGAAAGUUGUGCGUCACGUUCACAACUUCAAGAAUAUACCCCUUACUUUAGCUCUCAGACACCAGCAUAUGAUAGCCUUCCAUUUAGCUGCUACCUCCUUUUUCAAGCCAUCUGUUGAAAUUAACAGAGUGAAGUCUGUACUGGUUGCUUCAUUUCCUGAAAAUGUGAAGAACUGUCUCUAUCUCAGGAAUAACUACCAGAACACAGUCCUUGUAGCAGCUUCUGUUUGCAUAGAUGGCAUUAAGUACAGUGCUGAUAUGGUCAUUUCCAUUGGAUCGUGCUCAGGGCUACCAGAUUUCAGACAAAUAGCAAAGAUUGUGGUGAUCAAUACAGACAUAAUAUUUGUCUGCAGACUCAUGACAUCAUGGUAUAUUGAGCAUCUUAGAGCAUACGAGCUCUGUAGUAGCCAUUUGCCCACCUUCUCUGUUACCCAGUUGUCUGAACUAAAUGAUGUUAUCCCUCUUUCACUUUACAGAGUUGGAGACAAGCAUCUUGUAACACUUAAACGUUACAUAUUGUGCUAAGUGAAUCAAACAUCAAAAUGGACCAAAGGUUGUUGCUAAGAGUCAUCAUCACUGAAGAUGAUAUAAGGAAGUUGACUUUGAAUAAGAGACCACAGUCCAUUGAAGAGUUAAAAGUGCAACUGGUGGAUAAACUGUCACUGCAGUAUGACUUUAAACUGCAGUAUGAAGAUCAAGACUUCCAUAAUGCCCUCUGCAAUUUGACUGAAAUAACUGAUUUACCUGAAAGAGCUACGCUCAAAAUCAUCCCUCUUGUGACUCUCCAUUUAACCGCAUUGUCAUCACCCACCACAACAUCAGACGCUGAGUUCAGCACAGCAGACACUGAAAUCCUGUCGACUGGAAGAGCAUCACCAUUGCUCAGACAACAGUGGCCAGAGUUGUUUGACAUACCCAAUUUCUCAGUUGAUGUUGAGUAUAGACUCAGACAGGCAGAUCUUGCCUUUAUGAAGGAUGGAACACGUAUGACUCUACAACGAGAUCUGAAGCAUGACAUACUAGAAAAGCUUGCUGAGACGAUGUACAGUUUCAAGGCUUACCCUAAAGAUGAUGACUUCAUCAGUGUUGCGAAAGCACUGAUUAGCAAACACCCCUGCCUCACUGAGCCUGGACCACACGGAUGGUAUGGCUGGAAAAACAGCCUUAAAUUCAAGAUGGCCAAUUAUCGCACAAAGCUUCGAAAAGCUGGAUUUGAGGAUGUAGCAAUCAAUGGAGGCAAAAGAAGUAAAGGCAAUCCAGAAGGAGAAUCCUCAAGCAAGAAUAUCAAACGGCCAAAAAGAGGUGAAGCAAACUACCUGCCUAACUUACCUGAAGGACAUGAUGAAACAAGCCUUGAAAAUGCCAGAAAGGUUCUUGUGGAAGAAAUGAAGAAAAAACAACCCAAUGGCACUCUCAUCUCACAAAUGAUGGACCAGUCAUUCCCACUACGCAGACAAGAAAUUAUAAAAAAGGAGCCUGCUGUACAGAACAUGGUUGAACGAUGGCCAGCACUCUUUACAGAGAGACAGGUGUUUGCUGAGUUUAAUAGAAUCGCCAGUAAGAAUCUUGAGGGAGACUUCUUUGAGGCUCUGGACCAGUACGUCCCGCGUUUCAUUGAACUUUUCAAAACAAAAAAGGGAACUGUUGGCCAGAAACUCAGUGAGCUGAUGCAGCACAUGAGCUGGAUGACACCAGAUGUGACAGUACUUCGCUCUGUUGUCCUCAAAGGCAUUCCCAUUUUACUUGGUGACAACUCCAGUGAAUUCUUCAACACAUGCUCUGAUACAGCGAAAGUUGAGGCUCGAGAAUGCAUCACUGUUGGUGUGCUGACAGUUGUCAGUGAAGAUAGUCCUCAUGAGGGUGCAAGUUCAGUUGACCUCCAGCCAAUCUCCACUGCCAUCAUUCUGGAGGGAGGUAUUGUCAUGGAUCGUAUUAAAAACUUGCCUCAGGCAGUGAACUUCUGGAACUCUUGCUCUCUGGAGGCUGUGACCAGGCAAGCAGUGUGCCAUAAACGAUCCAGUGCUGCUGCAGAUUGA